AAAAUUCAUUUCACUCUAAAAAAAAAAAGGCACCUUUUUAUCAGCAAAUUUCCCCAAAAUUUCCCCACUAAAACCCCUAAUUUUUUCCUCUAAAAUCAGUAUCCUCAAAACACCCCCAAUCUCACCCCUCCGUUGCCCUUUUCAAUAAAGAAACUCUCCAACAGUAGCGUCUCCAAGCUCUUAUCGAAGGUGCCCACGAUUACUCUGGCUCCGCUGUAUUUGGAUGGGGCGAUGGGUAUUACACGGAUGAAGAAGAUAAAGGGAAAAGGAAGUUGAAAACUUUGUCUGCAGUUGCGGAGUAAUUCCUUGUGGAAAGAAGGAAUUUCUUGCAGAACUUCAUCCGGUAUUCUAUGCACAGUAUAUGUGCAUAGUAAAGUUAUGAUAAUUGAUGACCGUGCUGUCUUAAUUGGAUCUGCUAAUAUUAACGAUAGAAGUUUACUCGGCUCAAGAGAUUCAGAGAUUGGCGUGCUUAUCGAAGACAAAGAAUUUGUUGAUUCAUGGAAGGGAGGAAAUCCUUGGAAGGCUGGAAAAUUUGCUUUGAGCCUUCACCUUUCAUUGUGGUCCACAUCUUGGUCUUCACUGAGGAGAGAUAAAUCAAAUAAUCGACCCCAUUAUCGAUUCAAGUUACAAAGAUAUAUGGGUUGGGACUGCAAAGGUAAGAACCGGAAUUCCAUUAAUUUUCAGUACUUUUUCAUUUUAUAUUCUUAAAUGUUCCAAUUAAAAGAAAUCAAAGAAUUUCUGGUGUUUAUGAAAAUCAGCCAGGUAAGUAGGGUUAGCCAGCCUAAUUAGACUAGAUGGCUCACAUUGUUUUAAUAUGGAUUACAAACUCCGAAUAACAAACAAGGAAUCAUUUAUGUCACAAAUGAAUACGAUAAUCUACCAGGAUGUGUUCUCCUGUGU